AUGGGAAUCGACCGCACCCCGAAGAAGACCGCAGUGGAUCCCGAGCACCUGCAGCUGCUCAUCCACCAGCGCGGUCAAAUAAAAGGAAAAGUGACGAAAAUUAACCACUGCCUUGAGAACGCCGAAGACGACCCAACGCUAAUAAGUGCAUCGAUGCUAAAAGUGUACGGUAAGAAGCUGGAGAUCCACUACGCCGAGUACACCGAAGCCCACCGUGAAGUGAUUGCCUUGAUUCCACCGGCCAAAAUGGACGAGCAGGACGAGAAGCUCGACGAGUUCGAUGCCUUGCACACGGAAGCGCUCGAUCGUCUGGAGCGCUUGACGGAAUAUUUCUCCAAGCCGUCGCCGGCGACAACCGUUGCUGGUGGAGCAACCCAGGUGGUGGUGCAGCAUCAUCCUUUGAGGGCACCGAUACCAUCGUUCGAUGGCGGUGUGGAAAAUUGGCCCAAAUUCAAGGCGAUGUUUGAGGACCUGGUCGUAAGUAGUGGUGAGUCGAGUGCUAUGAAACUGCACCACUUGGAUAAGGCCUUGGUGGGUGACGCAGCGGGUCUCAUCAACGCAAAAAUGAUCCGAGACAACAACUUUGCCGAAGUGUGGAAGCAGUUGUGCGAGCAGUUUGAGAACAAGCGCGUGAUCGUCGACACCCACAUCGACGGUUUGAUGCAGUUGAAACCAGUAGCGAAGGGCAACUUCAAGGACUUGUUGGAGCUGACGAAAUCCUGUGAGCGUCAUGUCGCUGGGCUGGAGUACCAGGGCCUGGCGGUGGACGAGCUAUCCGGAAUCAUCAUCACGAAGCUGUUGACAUCCCGUCUGGACGAUCACUCUCUGCAGCUGUGGGAACGGCGGCAGAAACACGGUGAGUUGCCCGAUUACAAGGAUACGUUGCAGUUUUUGAAAGAGCUUCCUUCGCAACCCUCUGAGUUCGAAACCCCUCCAUUGAAGAGUUCCGCCAAGGUAGCUACCGAAGCAGGCGCAGUUCCAAAAACCGUUCCGUCACCAAACGCCAAUCCCUCGUGUUCCUGCAACCAUUCGAAUACCACGAAGACUGUGAUGCUGUUGACUGCUGUCGUCAAUCUUGAGAGUGCCGAUGGUGAGUUAGUCCCUUGUCGUGCAAUGCUGGAUAGUGGUUCCCAAGUAUGCUUCGUGUCUGAGAUGAUCGCCAACCGUUUGAUGGUCCCCCGUGAAUCAGUGAACGUGCCCGUUACCGGAAUAGGAGGAGCGAAGGUCUACGUAAGAGGCAAGCUGGUUGUCACGAUGCAGUCCAGGUGUUCCAGUUUCUCUACUGACGUUGAAUGUCUUGUGGUACCGAAGGUGACCGGUAUUAUUCCUUCUGUCAAAAUCAACACCUCGUCCUGGCCAAUCCCUGUUGGAGUCCAGCUCGCUGAUCCUACGUUCCACACGCCUAACAGAAUCGACAUGUUGAUCGGUGCCUCGAAGUUCUUUGCCUUGCUGAAGUCUGGUCAUAUCCAUCUAGCCGACGGUCUUCCUGAACUCCACGAGACUCAUCUGGGUUGGGUCUUCUCAGGAGAACUAGACAACGAAGUUUCCAACACUGUUCUGGCCCACCAUGUGUCGCUUGAUUCGCUUGGUGAGACAAUUAGUCGUUUUUGGGAAGUGGAAGAUGUUUCACAAUCCGUGAAGGAGGAAGUGGAGUCAGAUACGUGCGAAGAGAAUUUCCGCUCCACUCAUCGGCGAACGCAGACUGGACGGUACGUAGUUUCACUCCCUUUCCGAGAAGAUGUCGCAGUGCUCCAAGACAACCGUUCCGUAGCUCUUCGUCGUUUCUUGAUGCUCGAAAGGCGGUUUCAGAAGGAUCCAACUUUGAAACAGCUGUACGCUGCCUUCAUAGCUGAGUAUGAAGCAUUAGGUCAUUGUCAGGAAGUUGAUGAAUCUAAUGACGAUCCUUCCGAAGGACGUUAUUACUUACCCCAUCACGCGAUAUUACGCCCAACCAGUUCGACGACCAAGUUGAGGGUAGUUUUCGAUGCUUCAGCGAAGGACACCCCGGCAAGCAAAUCUCUCAACGAAGUACUUCAAGUUGGAGGCGUCGUCCAGAGUGACUUGUUGAGUAUUCUUCUUCGAUUCCGGGUCCACCCUGUGGUGUUCACUGCUGAUAUAGCAAAAAUGUAUCGGCAAAUACUGGUAGCUGCAGAACACACACGAUUCCAACGGAUUUUCUGGCGAACCGAACCAAAUCAACGACUUCGAGUUCUUGAGCUGUUAACCGUCACGUAUGGGACGGCAUCCGCGCCAUUUCUGGCCACGAGAUGUUUGGUUCAGCUGUGCAAAGAUGAGGGAAGCCGUUUUCCCAUUGCAGCUAAAAUUAUCACGGAAGAUUGUUACGUGGAUGACGUUCUUUCUGGUGCGGAUAGUGCAGAAGAAGCCGCUGAAGCACAGAGUCAACUGGAAGGUCUUCUCCAACUUGGUGGAUUCCCUAUUCACAAGUGGAGCUCAAACUGUCCGGAGUUGCUGGAGCGAAUCCCUGAGGAAAAUCGAGAAAAGUUGGUACGUCUGGAUUCCACUGCGGACAACGAAGUGAUCAAGACCCUUGGGCUUACCUGGAGUCCAAGCUCGGAUGAGUUUUUAUUUGUCACGAGGUCGAAGUUCCCAGCAGACUCAACUGAAACCUACACCAAGCGAAAGGUGUUCUCGGAAAUCGGAAGGCUUUUCGAUCCUUUGGGCUUGGUCUCUCCCAUCAUCGUGGUUGCCAAAAUCCUUAUGCAGAAGUUAUGGACCGCUGGUCUGUCUUGGGAUGAGAAACUUGAAGGAGAAUUGCUUCAGUCUUGGUUGAAGUUCCGCGAUGCUCUGCCACAAAUGAGUGAAAUGAAAAUCCCUCGACGUGUUAUUCCAUCCACCGCCGUUGCCAUGGAAAUCCAUGGAUUUUCCGAUGCGUCUAUCUCGGCGUACGGCGCCGUCUUGUACGUACGAAAUGUGUUCCCCGAUGGCAGCGCCGAGUUGCGACUCCUUUGCAGCAAAUCAAGGGUUGCUCCGAUAGCCGAAUUGAGCAUUCCUAGAAAAGAGUUGUUGGCAGCCCAGCUUCUAUCCCGACUGGUUGUGAAGGUGAUUGGAUCGAUGAAAAAUAGAUUUGAUGACGUUGUCCUUUGGUCAGACAGCCAAAUAGUGCUUGCCUGGUUGCGCAAGCCACUGACCUCUCUCCAAGUGUUCGUAAGGAAUCGUGUCUCAGAAAUCGUCACGGAAACCAAAGACUACACCUGGAAGUAUGUCUCUACGAAGGAGAAUCCCGCAGAUAUUGUGUCAAAAGGAUCCCUGCCCAAAGCCUUGAUGUGUAAUGAGUUGUGGUGGAAGGGGCCCUCAUUCCUGCAAGCAGCAAGAUACGAAAUCGAGCCACCAGAACAGUUACCAGAUGUGGAGUUGCCUGAAUUGAAAUUGACACCUUUCGUCUCUGCAGCUGUAUACAACGUCGAUGAUCUUCCUGUAUUUGCCAAGUUCAGCUCCUUUCGGAAGCUGCAAAGGGUCAUCGCAUAUGUCGAACGCUUUAUCUCGAACUGUAGAGUCAAGGAUCCCAAGCUCCGAACCCGUGUGCGCUACCUCACUGUUCCCGAGUUGAGGCGAUCGUUGGAGACCAUCAUCAAGGUUGUGCAACAUGAGGUGCUUGGUGAUGAAAUCAACCGCAUCGAGAACAACGAACAGUGUAAACGAAUUGCCUCCCUGAACCCUGUGUACCAGAACGGAAUCCUGCGAGUAGGAGGCAGAUUGAAGAAUUCGCCCGUAUUGACCAUGACCAAACACCCGUAUAUCUUGCCGAGGCAUCCGAUUGUCGAUCUUUUGAUCAGAGCGUAUCAUCUUGAGAACAUGCACGUAGGUCCGUCAAGUUUGUUGGUAAUUCUUCGAGGCCGUUUUUGGUUGACAGAAGGUAGAUCUGCUGUACGAAAAAUCACGAGAAGCUGCGUUAUAUGUUUCCGCGCCAGGCCAACAAUGACAACUCAGCUGAUGGGAGAUCUGCCUGCUUGCCGUGUGACUCCUGCCCACCCGUUUGAGGUGACCGGCGUGGAUUAUGCGGGCCCAGUUUUCGUGAAACAAGGACGACGGAAGCCAGUUGUGGAGAAGGCAUACAUUGCUGUAUUCGUGUGCAUGGUGACACGCGCCGUGCACUUGGAGUUGGUCUCAGAUAUGACCACAGAGGCGUUUAUUGCUGCAUUGCAACGUUUCGUUAGCAGGAGGGGACUACCUCGAGAAAUGCACUCGGAUAAUGGUUCAAACUUUCGGGGUGCGAAAUCGGAACUGAAUGAGCUGUACAAACUUUUUCGGUCUCAAUAUGCGCUAGAUGAAAUUGAGGGAUUUUGCCUAUCAAAGGAAAUUGCCUGGAGUUUCAUUCCACCGGAGGCACCGAAUUUCGGGGGCCUCUGGGAGGCAGCCGUUAAAAGUGCCAAAUAUCAUCUAAAACGCACUUUGAAGGACACUCAUUUGACUUUCGAGGAAUAUAUAACAGUUUUGACGCAGGUUGAGGCUAUUUUGAACUCUCGCCCGCUCUAUGCUACCUCACCCGAUCCUGACGAUCCUGAGGUACUCACCCCUGGUCAUUUUUUGAUCGGGCGACCGAUAAACGCCAUUGCGGAACCGAGCUACCAAGACAUCGCUGCUAACCGGCUUGGACGAUGGCAGUUUCUCCAAAAGCUACGGGAAAACUUCUGGAAGAAGUGGAAGAACGACUACCUCCAGAGUUUGCAACAACGCACCAAGGAUUACAUCAGGAAGCACAAUCUGCAGCCCGGGAUGGUCGUGCUUCUGGAAGAGCAGAACAUGCCGCCACUAAGUUGGAAAUUGGGAAAGAUCGUUCGAACAUAUCCCGGAUCCGAUGAAUUGGUGCGCACAGUCGACGUGAAGAUUGGCGGCACUGUGUAUAAACGUCCCGCUUCGAAGAUAGCAGUGCUUCCCAUCCAGGACAACCACCGUUCCGAGAAUGCUUCUCAGCCCGGGGGAGAAUGUUCACGCCCGAACGUGAACGGCGACUGA